AUGACCCGUCGUCGUUUUUUCUUCUCUUUCUCUUCCUUCUUCUUCUUCUUCUUCUUCUUCUUCUUCUUCUUCUUUCUACAAUCUAUUAGUGCUUCCGCUCUCUCUCCCGACCCGCAUUCUAAUCCCAUCCACCUUCUCCUUUUCUCCUCUUUCUUUAUCUUACUGUCCCACAUCCUGCUAGUUCUUCUUCUAAAUGCCCCCUCCCCCAAAGUGUUCUUUUUUUCCCAUACACUCCAAGAAUCUGUCUUUUUCAAUCUCUUCCAUCUACUGUUUUCUUCAACUCUUCCUUUCUUCUUUUUUGUUGAUCAUUUUUCUCAUUUUUUUCAACUUCUCCAAAUUAGUUAUCCUUCUAUCUUUUUUCCUUUCUUUCUUUCUUCUUCUUCCAUAUUUCUCCAGGAUCUGCUUCUUCCCCAUUUUCCUGCACCUUCAACCAAACUCCUCCUCUUUCUCUCAGCAUUUUCUUUCUAUUUCUCUUCUUUGUCCUGUACCGUUCUUCUCCCCCUCUUUUCUUUACCUUCUCCCCCCAACACUAUUCUUGCCGAUUUAUUUUUCAUCUUUGUGUUGUCGCUUACACAUCUAUCUAUCUAUCUAUCUAUCUAUCUAUCUAUCUAUCUGUUAACAUGUAUAUAUUUAUCCAUCUCAGUUCACAUCUAUCCAUCUCAGUUCACAUCUAUCUAUCUAUCUAUCUAUCUAUCUAUCUAUCUAUCUAUCUAUCUAUCUCAGUUCACAUCUAUCUAUCUAUCUCAAUUCAAUUACAUCUAUCUAUCUAUCUAUCUAUCUAUCUAUCUAUCUAUCUAUCUAUCCAACCCAGUUCACAUCUAUUAA